AUGACAGCUUUGAUGGAGGACAUGCGGAGGGUUCAGCCACAAUGUCAGAGAGAGUCCUGCCGCUCGGAGAGGACAGAGGAAUUAGAGGAUCACGGUGGACGCACAGACGGGAAGCUCAAAACAAUAUGCUGUUUUUUAAAGGGCACCACGUUUUUUGCAGAAUCUCUCAACUUUGAACAGGUGACCCAGAUGGAGCGUGAGCUGACCCGCUUCCCCGUGGCGGGCUCGUGCGUUGGGGUGUGCGCCUCCCCUGACCCCUCACGUCUGAAGCUUGAGUGCCGCGGUGUAUGGAGAGUGCAUUAUCUAUACCUCAGUCUGUACCUCAGGCUGUACCUCAGUCUAUACCUCAGUCUAUACCUCAGUCUGUACCUCAGUCUGUACCUCAGUCUAUACCUCAGUCUAUACCUCAGUCUAUACCUCAGUCUGUACCUCAGGCUGUACCUCAGUCUAUACCUCAGUCUAUACCUCAGUCUGUACCUCAGGCUGUACCUCAGGCUGUACCUCAGUCUAUACCUCAGUCUAUACCUCAGUCUAUACCUCAGUCUGUACCUCAGUCUGUACCUCAGUCUAUACCUCAGUCUGUACCUCAGUCUAUACCUCAGUCUAUACCUCAGUCUAUACCUCAGUCUAUACCUCAGUCUAUACCUCAGUCUGUGCCUCAGUCUAUACUUCAGUCUAUACCUCAGUCUGUACCUCAGCCUAUACCUCAGUCUAUACCUCAGUCUGUACCUCAGUCUGUACCUCAGUCUAUACCUCAGUCUAUACCUCAGUCUAUACCUCACUCCGUCGCAGGUGAACGAGGUGGUGAGGGAGAAGAUCCAGCAGCGCAGUGUGCAGCUGUCCUGGCAGGAGCCGCACCAUCCCAACGGAGUCAUCAAGGAGUACGAGAUCAAGUACUACGAGAAGGAGCAGAAGGAUAAAGUGUCCACGGUGCGGUCUCGUGCGACCACCGCCACCGUCAACAACCUGAAGCCCAGCACGGCCUACGUCUUCCAGAUCCGAGCCUUCACUGACGCCGGGUUUGGAACCUAUGGGCCCAGAGUGGAAAUCACCACCAAAGAGGAGAGCGCAGCCACCGUGGUGUCCAGCGAGCAGAACCCGGUCAUCAUCAUCGCCGUGGUGGCCGUGGCGGGGACCAUCAUCCUGGUCUUUAUGGUGUUCGGCUUCAUCAUAGGGAGAAGACAUUGUGGAUACAGCAAAGCCGACCAGGAGGGAGACGAGGAGCUGUACUUUCAGUGGGAGUUCGGGGAGGUGUGCAGCGGGCGUCUCAAGCUGCCCGGCAAGAGGGACGUGUCGGUGGCCAUCAAGACCCUCAAAGUGGGCUACACCGAGAAGCAGAGGCGGGACUUCCUGUGCGAGGCCAGCAUCAUGGGCCAGUUCGAUCAUCCCAACGUGGUGCACCUGGAGGGCGUGGUGACCAGAGGAAAACCAGUGAUGAUCGUCAUCGAGUACAUGGAGAACGGGUCCUUAGACGCCUUCCUGCGGGGGAAGAAGCAGGAUGUGUUGAAUUUGCUGUUUGCUCCAGCCACUGACCUGCAUUCUGCUGAACAGGGAGGCAAGAUCCCGGUGCGAUGGACCGCACCAGAGGCCAUUCAGUACCGGAAGUUUACCUCGGCCAGUGACGUGUGGAGCUACGGCAUCGCCAUGUGGGAGGUCAUGUCCUACGGGGAGCGGCCCUACUGGGACAUGUCCAACCAGGACGUGAUAAAGGCCAUAGAGGAGGGCUACCGGCUCCCCGCUCCCAUGGACUGCCCCCCCGGCCUGCACCAGCUCAUGUUGGACUGCUGGCAGAAGGAGAGAGCGGAGAGGCCCAAGUUCGACCAGAUCGUGUCGGUUCUGGACAAGAUGAUCCGGAACCCCAACACGCUCAAGACCCCGGUGGGAACCUGCACAAGACCCAUUAGCCCGCUGCUGGAUCAGAACACCCCCGACUUCACGGCGUUCCGCUCGGUGGGAGAGUGGCUGGAAGCUAUCAAGAUGGAGCGAUACCGGGACAACUUCACCGCAGCAGGCUACAGCUCGCUGGAGUCUGUGGCCCGCAUGUCCAUCGAAGACGUGAUGAGUUUGGGGAUCUCGCUGGUCGGUCAUCAGAAGAAGAUCAUGAGCAGCAUACAGACUACACGCGCCCAAAUGCUGCACCUUCACGGAACCGGGGUCCAAGUCUGA